AAGUUUUUACCCUCGACUUGGACUGAAAUGCUAAAUUAAUUGUUAUUUUAUAGAUGUGAUUAUUUUUUUGAAAAUGUGAAUUUGUCAGAAAAAAAUGGGAUUAAUUUUCCGCACCAUAACAUUCUUCUAAAAUGGAGAUUAAAAUAAGGUUUUCAAUAUAAAAAAUAAAAAAAAUGGAAUGUCAACAUAUCAAAAAUGGAGGAUUGUAUUUUAUAUUUAUUCUUUUGGUGGCCGUUGUUUGUAGUGAAGGCGCCUGUACAUUUCCGUCCGCCCUGAAUGGUGAUUGGUAUAGUAGUAAUGGGGGAGAGUUGACAUUCACAUCAAAUACAUUUUCUAAUUUCAAAGUUGCAUCAUUCGGCACUUUUACUUUUACUUGUGAAAUGAGCAGUGGCACGCAAUAUGUUAGCAGUUCAGAAGUAUUUUACGUGUUUGCCCUCCCAUUUGUUGCCUACAUUUGUAUGGAUUUAACCGCCCUUUCAGGAUACAAGUAUCGCUACUACCAGGCAACAACACAACUGAAAGACGCGGAAUACGCCAGAUUAAAGAUCUACCUAAAUAACACAGUGACGGUCUCCGACAUCAAUACAAUAUGCGAGCUGACAGACUAUUCAACUUUAAGUUAUCACAUGCUUCUAAAAAAUAACACUAUAUCUAGUCAGAAAAUUCAAUGUCCAGAUUCAUUUCUGGGAACGUUUAAUUAUACCUACGAUACCGGAAGCGGAAAUCUGUGUGCUGCUAGCAGUGGAUUAGACGUUUGUACAGACAAAUCCACAAUGACCUUUGAUUACUCACUAUGCUCCGAGACCCAAGCUUAUUCUGCUGGCGGUAUAGUAAACUGUUUGUACUCCUCUACGUCAGGAUCUGCGACAUUGCUUCACGUCUUUAACUUAGAUUCUACAACAGAUGAAACCACAUAUUAUAGAUUCACGUGUUAUGUAAUUGAAACAAUUAAUAGCGUUGUAUAUGCAACACAAUAUCCACAGGACUGUCAUUACGGACAGAAUGCCACAAAUGUUAAUGCCACUGGUGGAAACUUGGUUCUAACAGCAGAAUCUAUUUGUGUGCCCGAGACAGUAGCAGCAGCUAGUAUAGGAAUCUACAUUGCCAUCGUAAUUCUGCUUCUAAUUAUCAUCAUCGCCAUCAUAUUUGCAAUAUAUAUGUGGAAGAAGAAAAAAGAAGAAGAAAAAAGAAAGAAAAUGGAAGAAGAAGAGAGACGACUUCGGCAGAAUACUAUCAGGGAAAAGAGAGAAAACCCAGAUUUGAGACCGGAAAUGGAUCUUGGACUUCCGGACGAUUCUAAAUAUAACAUCGAUCGUCUAAUAUACAGCGACGACAAAAUGGUUACACCUUCAAAUAUAGAAAUUGAAAGAUUGAGAUCCCAAGGAUUUGAGGGAUUUGAUGGAUUCGAUGAUGAUUACAUGGACGAUUUUACUCGACAAAAUAUGAUUGAUGCUUCCUUGUUCAUGGACAAGCGUCAGCGCCUUGAUCCUAUCGACGAGAUGGAAGGCAGUGAAAGAGGAAGCGCGUCUUUUAUGAAAAGAUUCAAGGAACUCGCACGAAGCAGAAUAAAAAGAAAGAAAAGAAAAGGAGGAAAAUCGAAAGGUAAAGGAAAGAAAAAGAGUAAAAAGGACGCUGAUGGCAAUGUUGUGAAAAAGAAGAAAAGGUUAGUCCUUGACCUUGGAACUAUCGAUGCCGAAGAUUGGGAAUCUGACGAAGAUUUUGACGGAGACGAAAAUGGUGAUGACGAUGUAAACCUACCAGGACAAGUUGAACAUUUGGAAGGAGAAAUGCCUUCUGCGAAUGGAGGAAUUGGACCAGUGUUGUCACAGAGGAAUGUUUUAGCAAACAGAAAAGUUGACCAGGAACCACAAGGCAAAAAGAAGAAAAAGAAAAACAAGAAAAAGGAAUGUGAUACUGACGAUGAAGAUGUGGAAAUGGAUUUGGAAAUAGCUACGCCAAGACUAAUUCUUCCAAACUUACGCCCUGAAAAUACAGAAACAGAUCAGGAUAAUAAAAAGAAAAAGGGUCCAUCUACAUUGGCGCCACCUGUUACAAAGAGAAAGUCGUUAUCGUCCCUCAGGAGUUUCCCCUCAAUGAGAAGUGCAAAGGUGAAUAAUUGGACAAAAGAGCAGGACUUGGAUUUACCGCUUUUCUUUGAAGAUCCGAAAUUAAAAGACCUACCUCCGCUCCAAAGAGUAAAUAGAAAGAAAAAUCCGAAACUAUGGUCCGACAUCCUUGCCAAAUUUGGUGGGGAUUUAAAACUUGGCAAUGACCCAAAUAGGCUUAGAUGGUCGGAAAGUAAAUGGCGUAAUUUAUUGGAGGAGCUUUACACUGACAAGAAAUACUUUGAUUAUAUGACAAAAUCAGCGAAACAUAACCCCGCAGAAAGAGACGUUGUUGGAGAAGCCAACGAAGGACUUGGUUAUCUGUUGGAUAGAGCUAAUUUUUGGAAAGAACAAGAACCCAUACCAGUUCGUCCACCUUCAUGGAGAUCACAUUCUUUUGCGCAUUCUGCAAGUUCUCCAAGGGGAAAAACUCCAAAGAAAUCGAAAUCUUUCGUAAAUUCUACAUCUGUUAAAACUACAAAUGACACGGUAUCAGGAGAAAGCUCUGGGGGUGAUUCGAAAGGAAAUUCAUCACUUCAAAAAGAGGAAUUGUCACCAAAUGAUAUUUCUACCCUCCACAGGGAAAAAUCAAAGCUUUCAAGAGAGAAAUCAAUGAUUAACAGAGAGAAGUCAAACAUUUCGAAAGAGAAAUCUUCUCCCCAAAGAGAAGUGUCGAAUGUUUCUAAACCAACACAUUCAGUAAGAAGAGAAAGAUCGUUUAUGGAUUCGCCAAAGUCGUCGCCAUCUACUAACAAUUCUCCGUUCGACAACUCUAAAAGUAACACACCACGAGCGAAAAAAGUUCAUUUGCCAAACAUAGAGGAUGCAAAUAAGGUGUACAAAAUGGACUUAAUGCCGAAAACUCCUUUGACUCAAGUAAGAAUAGACAUUGACAGAGAGGAAUCCAUGUUAUAGUGAUGUUCAUUGUGAAUUAUUCUGGUUCAACUGUGAUAUUUACUAAUAUGAUUUGUAGCGUGAAUUACCAAUUCCUUGUGGCUGAAAUCGUCAUCAGCAUUUCCAUAUUUGUGACUCAAAUUGAUUGAAAAAACUGUUUUUGGAUCAAAUGAUAUUGUACAUGAUGUGAAUCGAUUUAUUUUGCCGCCAAUUUAUUUACUCAAUUUUUGCGAGUAUAUUUAACUUAAAAAUAUAUCAAUGAGGUAAAAAAUCACAAAAAAACCCAAAUCACCGCAAUAAAAUGGUUUACAAAAUUACUUGACCCCCAUUUAUAUAAAAUCUAACAAUGAAAGACGAAAACAUAAUUGAAGGAUACAUAAAAUGCCUGAUAUAAGCAGGAAGUAUUCACUUAAAUGUAUCCCAAUAAAUUCUUAAUAUGUAUGCCUAGAUUUUUGCCUAUUGUUUGUAGCUUCUCAUGAGUGCUCUGAUAUAUGUUUUCUUUUGUAUAUAUAUACAUUUGACCUACAGAUUAAAGGUACUUUCUGUUGUAAAAGGAUAUCAAAUAGGUCUAAAUAAUGAUACUGGAAUUACAGCUUAUACUUUCAAAAUUAUUUAUUGUUUGAUCUAUUGGUUUUGUUGUUUGACAAAAAGCGAGUCAAAUUUUUCAUGAAUAUUCAGGACGAGAUCAAAUUUAAUUAUAAACCAAAUUUGAUGUAUUCAUAAAAAGCGACAGAUAAUGAAAAAAUAUAACUCCCGAGUACUGAUUAAAGAUACGACACAUUACAAAAUGUCAGAAAAAGUUUCUUGCAACAUGGCACUUAAAAGAACCCCUGAAAAAGAAGUUGCAUUUGUUCUUUUAUAUGCCAAUAAAGUAGGAUUUUGCAAGCACAGGGUAACGAAAUCAACGACCUAAGUUCGAAUUCAGGUCCGUUAAUAUAAGCACAAAAUGGCAAGAUUCACUGCAAUCAGCAGAAGUCCUGGUAGCUAUAUAUUCCAAAGUAAACGUUUGGGCGUCACAUUCGAUAUACCUAUACUAAACGAGUUUGUGAUGUUUUCAAAAUAUAAACAAAAGGUUUACUAACUAAUGGUGAUUUGUCAAUAUAUUUCAAAACUAUCAACCUUCUCAUUCUCAAUAAAUGCAAUACCAAAACACUACUACAUUAUGUAAAAUAUAAUCCUAUGUAUAGUUUAUCUACGUUUCAUGAAGCCAAAUAAUAAAAAUUAAAAAAAAAUAUAUGGUUUGUGAUACUGUGUGUUAGUUUCGGUAAUUUCGAGCGUUCUUAUUACAUGCUGUUUUUAUAUUAAUUGUGAUAAUUAAUCGAAGACUAUUUUACCUCGUCAUGUGUGGCUUUGCCUUUUCAAACAUUUGAAUAUCUCCAUUAGUUACACAUUUCUUUCGUACCUUCCUGAGAUAUGCUCAUCAUGAAAUUAUGCCCUUAUAUUUUACCGUCAGUAGUAUUUGUCAAAUAUAUUAAUAACUUGUUCUGUUUUCUAAGGGUUCAUAUUGGUUUUUUUUCACAAUAGCUCGUUAGAAAUAUUAUGUACAGUAGUUGUCGUUUGUUUAUGUAAUGACAUGCGUUCAGAUUGAAAUGAAACAUUCGAUUCGUACAUCAACAUGUUUAUAGGAUUAUGGAGUAUCAAUUAAUUUGGUUUACAUUUGUACGUGAUCUACUUCAAAAAUAAACGCGAACGAUUUUGAUUGAUGUAUACUACGCGCGGCUAGAAUAACGAUGUAGAUAGUCUAAACAUCAUUGCUGUUAAAAGUGUAAGUUUUUCCUAAUUACACAUUUUCAUUGAAUUCUGUGGCAUAUGCUUGUAACACUGUCGAAAUAAAAUUACCCUUUUUGGGUGGAAAUCAA